UCUUCACAGGCACAAUAGUAGGGUUAGUAAAUGAGAACUGAUAUAUGACGAAUACCAUGAAGAAUUGUUUCACUAGGAAGAUCAACAGUGCAGUAUUCAAUCAAACGGACCUAUGACGCUAACAAGCUUGUAAAUAUUAAACCUUAUAGAAGCUGCUACAUAAAUAAUUAAGUGCUUAUCGCAACUGAUUAAGUCAUCGAAGUUGUUCGAUAGAGUGAUUGGACAUUUUUGUAAACCAAAUUGGUUAUGAAUAUCUGAAACUUUAUUCAAAGAAGUACUAGUAUUUAUUUGUACUUUCAUUCAUUUUGGGUGCAUGGACAACACAAAAUUAGAUAAAUAUAAUGCAGGGCAGGUUAAUAGCAACUCCUCGAAAAUUACCACUAUUUGUAUUUCCACAAAAUAUGACUUUCUUUUUAAGUGACCAGUCUACUCAUAAACAAAUUCUAACUGUGUAUAACCCAUAUGAUUUUCCAAUAACAUUUAAAGUACUAUGCACUGCACCAGAUAAAUAUAAAGUUGUUCCUCCAGAAGGAACAAUAAAAUCAUUAUGUUGUGUUGAUAUUGUUGUAAGACAUACAUCUCUUGUUAUGAGUAAUUGCAAUGUUAUUGAUAAAUUUAAAAUACGAAUCCAAGAUUAUCCUAAUAAACAGAUUAUAGGAAGAAAAGAUGUGAAAGCUCAACUGCUCCCUGGAACAAGAGAAACAUCUCAAGGAACAAGAGAAACAGCUGGAAGAUCUACACCAAUGUUUGAGCAGCUUCCUGUAAAUGAAGAGACUGAGCAACAAUCAUUUGCUCUUAUAGGUCAAAAUGAAGCAAUUGAUAAGUGGGUACCAAAGUCACGAAAGUUACAACAUAAUUUAUUUCAUGAAAAUAUUCCAGAUAAAAAUACAAAAAUGUACCUACCCUCAAAUAUAAAAAGUACUAUGGAUAAAGGAGAAAUAAAUUAUGUAGCACUAUUUGCUGGAAUUAUUUGUAUAGCUGGAUUACUUUUACCUACAGAGGGAGAACAAAAUAAUAGAGUGCCUGAUUAUCUCCAUAUCUCUUCAAGCUUUAAAUUAAUAUUUUCAUUUGUAUUAGGUAUGGUCACAAGUAUUAUUUUAAGGUUGUAA